UUUUACUCUUGAGACUCUGGUGAGAAGUCACCGGUGAAACAUCAGCGGGAAUCUCCUUCAAUCACCUGAAAUCAUCUGGAAUCUCCUGGAAUCUCCUGAAAUCACCUGGAAUCACCUGGAAUCAUGGUUUUAGAACUCUACCUGGAUCUGAACUCUCAACCCUGUCGCUCUGUUUACAUCUUUGCCAAGAAAAACAACAUUCCCUUUGACUUUCAGAAGAUUUCGCUGCUGGACGGUGAACAGUAUGGAGAAGAGUUCGGGAAGAUCAGCUUGAUCAGAAAAGCUCCGGCCCUGCGAGAUGGAGACUUCUGUCUGGCUGAGAGUGUUGCCAUCCUUCAUUAUCUGGCUGAGAAGUUUAACACUCCAGACUUCUGGUUUCCAGUCGACCUCCAUCAACGCGCUCGUGUUAACGAGUAUCUGUCGUGGCAGCACAUGGCGUUACGAAUGCACGGCUCCAAGAUUUUCUGGCUGAGGCUCUUGAUUCCAAAGAUCCUGGGUGUGGACGUCCCUCAGGACAAGAUGGACGCGGCCCUGGACGACCUGAAGCACUCGCUGAACCUCCUGGAAGAGAAGUUCAUCCAGGACAAACCUUUCAUAGUAGGAGAUCAGAUCUCACUGGCCGACCUGGUCGCCAUCGUGGAGGUCAUGCAGCCUCUGGGUUCUGGCUUGGACGUGUUUGAGGACCGACCCAAACUGAGCGCGUGGCGGGACAGAGUCGAGGCCGCCAUUGGAAAGGAGCUGUUUGACGACGCCCACCAGACCAUCCUGACCGCCCAGGAAAGAGUGUCCGCCAUGGACGCCAGCAAGAUGCAGGUCUUCAAGCCCAAGAUCGUCAGCUUGUUCCUGUGAAGAGGAGAACUCUGGUUUGGGUUCUGGUUCUGUCCAAAUGAGCUCAGUAAAGUUUCUCAUCAGAGUCCAGUCAGCGAAGUCCUCACUGUGUCAUUAAAAUCACAUUCCACAUAUAAGUUGAUUUAUAAAAUCUAACUGUCAAAUUAUGAUAAAUAAUAGAGAAUAUGUUGUUCUUUUAACUUCAGUAACAAGUUAUUAAGCAACAUUUACGUUCCGUCUUUUCAAAAAUGAUGAAUAAAAAUUAUAACGUUUGUCAA